CAUUGAAGAAACAGUGUGGACCGCCUGACACCGCGUGUACUGGACCUGGAUGCCCCGUGCAGCUCGCUGUUUAUUGUCGACGGUUUUAAAGAAGGAUUUCUCGGAUUUUGGUCCAAGAUUCGUCGUUGACAUAUUUAAUGUGAUUCCAUCAGCAGGUGUACUUGAUAUGUAUUGUCUCGGCUGAUAAUGUACGUGCUGACGGGACAAAACAUGGCCGGCGUCCUUGUUAAUUAGAAAGUGUGUAGUAAUGGCAAACUCACAAUUUAUUACAACCGCAACAGUUUCUGCUCACAGGAGUCCAUUAAACCAAUAUGCCGUCUGCUGGCAGCUGUUCUAAUUAGAAGUAAUUGCUGACUGCAGAGUUUAGUUGCUUAUUCUUCCCCCCAUACUUUCACGGACUAUUUAUCUACACAGUUCCGGGAGUUUCAUUACAAGGAGUACCAGGUUGAUACUUGUAUGUGGUCUUUCAUUACGGUGGGUAAUCAACAUUUGACGGUGUGUGAUGUACUGCGGGGCGACUGGGGUCUGUUAGUGCUGUGCACAGCCACACGUUGAGUCAGCUAACUGCCCCCCCCUCCCGACCCAGGAAUAAAGACCUGAAGCCAAGGGGAUUAGCUGGAGAUACCACUGUUAACAAUCUUGUGACGUCAUUGACAAAUCCCACGAGUUCCAAUUGAAAAUGUGACAAUGUGAUUUUUUCAACCUAGAGUCUGUGAUCUCCUUAGCCCGGGGUUUUUAAUGGUCUGGUUUGUAUUCUUGUUAUUACUCACGAGGGUGAAAACUGAAUGUACGAGCGUCGGUUUUCGCCACAUGCAGAGCGUGAGGUGACCACGUAUGUAUACAGACGAGUGUAGAUAGCAACUAUGUCGUCACUGGUGGCGUCCCCAGGUAGCUCCAUGCUAUCCGUGGUCGUCAUGGUACUGUAUGCCUACCACACACACGGACGAUUUGUACCUCAGGACAAAAGUAGCCUGCAGAAUCGAACAGCAACGUUGUUGAGUCAAAUCACUCAUUAUGAGAUGGUCAUUCCCAUGCUGGUGGACGAGAGAGGACACUUCCUUAGUUACGACGUCCGUCAACAGCACGUGUUCUCAAGGAGGCGGCGUGACGUCACUUCCCGUAGACGACACCGCCAGAAACAACGUCGAAGACGUCGCCCCAAGAGGCUUUACCUACAGAGAUUCCCCGUGGAGGAGGAGGGGAGAGUGUUUUAUAAACUCUCAGCUUAUGGGAAAGAGUUUUAUUUUAACUUGACUCUCAAUACCAAGUUCAUGUCCACACAGUUCGUCACUGAGAUAUGGGGGUCUAACAGUAUUGAGCGCAAAGCCAACGAGGUCCACGACUGUCAUUACACUGGAUACAGCAGUUGGCCAGAUGAGUCGCGCGCCGCCAUCAGCAACUGUAUGGGCCUGUACGGCUUCUUCUCGACGACCGACGACGAUUACUUCGUUGAACCCCUGUGGAACCACACCAACAUCGUGGGCGUGGAAGGCUACCCGCACAUCGUGUACACCCGCUCCUCCCUCAAACUGCGCGACGACGACUCCCACUGCGGCGUCAGCGACAUUCAAGAUAAGAAAAUGAAAUGGCUACUCAACAAAUCCCCACGAAUUUUCAACGAGGUAGUAAAACACACUAGCUAUGCCAAACACUGGCGUCAUAUAAAAAAAGAAAAGUUUCGCAAGGGUCGCCAUAAACGCUCAACCAGCACCGACCGUGACGUGGAGACUGUUGUCGUCGUCGACAAGCGCAUGGUCAACUACCACGGCCAGCACGAGAUAGAGAGAUACGUCCUUACUAUUAUGAACAUUGUGGCCAAACUCUUCCAUGAUCCGAGUAUCGGCAACAGCGUCAACAUUAUCAUCACGCGCCUCGUGCUGCUCACUGAGGACCAGCAGGGGCUGGAGAUCAACCACCACGCCGACAAGUCACUAGACAGCUUCUGUAAGUGGCAGCGCGAAAUCAACGUCAACCUCAACUACACCGCUGACGACGGCACGGGGAUAGCACACCAUGACAACGCCGUGCUUAUAACCAGAUUCGACAUCUGUACAUACAAGAACAAGCCAUGCGGGACUUUAGGAUUGGCGCCAGUGGCUGGGAUGUGCGAGGACGACAGGAGCUGCAGCAUCAACGAAGACAUUGGCCUCGCCUCCGCCUUUACCAUCGCACACGAGAUCGGUCACAAUUUCGGCAUGCACCACGACGGUGCCGGUAAUCCCUGCGGUACUCCCGGCCACGAACCUGCCCGUAUCAUGGCCGCCCAGCUAACUAAGGACACUGUGCCGUUCCUGUGGUCGAGUUGCAGUCGAGAAUACAUCACAAGUUUUCUUGAUUCAGGUCAAGCUCAGUGCCUGGUCAACAAGCCAGUAAAGCGGGAGUUCGUGUUCCCGCGUGAACUGCCAGGGGAGAUAAUCGGAGCUAACCGUCAGUGUAAGCUGCAGUUCGGAGCUCACGCAAGUGCUUGCAAGAUCCGGCUGGUGUGUGGCGAGCUGUGGUGUACGGACAUCAAGGGUCAGUGUGUGACCAACAGUAUCCCCGCGGCGGAGGGCACGGCGUGUCUCCUCUCCCACAAGAAGACGGGGCGGUGCUACAGAGGUCGCUGCCAGAACACUAACUACAAACCUAAACCUGUGGACGGAGGAUGGGGGGCGUGGUCAAACUGGGGGAAGUGCUCCAGAACCUGUGGGGGUGGAGUCAACUCCAGCCAGCGGGAGUGUAACAAGCCAGCACCAAAGCAUGGCGGGAAGUAUUGCCUGGGGAAGAGAAAGAAGUAUAUGUCAUGUAACACCCAGCCGUGCCCAAGUAACGUCACUGACUUCAGAGAGGUGCAGUGUUCCAGCUUCAACGCCGUGGAGUUCCGGGGUCGUCACUACGACUGGAAGCCCUAUACAGGAGUGCAGGUGAAACCCUGCGCACUGAUCUGUAUGGCAGAAGGUUACAACUUUUACACGGAACGAUCAUCAAAGGUCAUUGACGGCACAAAAUGUAGUUCUGACACCCUCGACGUUUGCAUUGAUGGAGAGUGCCACACUGUAGGGUGUAACGGGAUCUUAGGCUCCCCCGUCAGGGAGGACAACUGUCGGGUGUGCGGCGGCAACGGCAGCACGUGCAUGACGAUCUCUGGCCUUUUCACUCGACCACUGCCCAAAGGAGCCUACCAAGAAGUAGUUACCAUUCCACAGGGAGCUGUACAUGUUCGGGUGAGAGAGACACAACAGUCUAAGAACUACUUGGCCAUGAAGAACAUGAAAGACAAGUACCACAUCAACGGAGACUGGAUCAUCGACUGGCCGAGGAAGUUCCUGGUCGCGGGGACGGUGUUCCACUAUGAGCGUCCCGAGAGGAGUGAGGAGGGGCUGGAGUCACUGUGGGCGCUGGGGCCUACCAGCGAGGAUCUCGUCAUCAUGAUGCUGCUCCAGGAAGACAACUUGGGUAUAGAAUAUGAAUACAAUAUACCCGUCAACACCAGCCAUAGCAGCCACGACAUCUCCCUCUACACCUGGAGCCACUCCCCAUGGACCUCCUGCUCCAGGACGUGCGCCAGAGGUGUGAGCACGGCGGUUUCGACGUGUGUUAGGAAAGUGGACAAUGUACCAGUGGACGACGGCUACUGCUCCCCACAACCUCGACCCAGCAACCACCGGAAGUACUGCAACGAGGAGGCUUGUCCCGCACAGUGGUCUAUAGGCCUGUGGUCCGACUGUACCGCGACCUGUGGCGGGGGAAGAAAGACACGAACUGUUGCGUGUGUACAGAGCGUCACAGAGACGGAGCAGGUAGUGCAGGACGACGCCCAGUGUAAGAGCAACAAGCCCCUGUCCCAGAAAAAGUGCGGAACCCGGGAGUGUCCAUCAGUGUGGUUCACGGAGGAAUGGGCGGAGUGUAAUCCCAGCUGCGGGCCUGGCGAGAAGAGUCGCCGUGUGUUCUGUAUGACAACUGAUGGGAAGACGUAUGUCGACGAGGAUAACUGUGACGCCGCCGAAAAACCGUCCACGAGGAUGCCGUGCAUCAACCAGAAAUGUCCACCGCCUCAGUGGGUGACGGGCGAGUGGGGGCCGUGUUCCCCUGAGUGUGGGCUGGGCCAGCAGAGACGCAACGCGCAAUGUCGAGCCUUCUCCGGCCAAGCCAGCAGCGAGUGUACUGUCAAGGCGAAGCCGGACACAAUCAGACGCUGUGACAGCAGCUGCGAACCUGACGACGAGGACGUGUGCGAGGACAAGUACAAGGUUGCCUACUGCCCCCUGGUUCUCAAGUUCCAGUUCUGUGACCGGGAGUACUUCCAGAAGAUGUGCUGCAAGACUUGCUCUGCCCUCAAAAACAAAACUGGUUAAAUUUCACGUUUGAUUUAUUAUAAAUCUGGGAAAC